AUGAGGUCAUCAAUAAUUUUUUUGUUGUUUUCAUUUACUCUGUUCUUCAAUCUACAUUAUGAAAAAUUGUCCGUAUUUGCUGCACCGCAACAAGAUAACUCAUCUCAAAUAAUACCGUCAAUAACCCAAAAUAUACUAGCUAUUACUUCUAUCUUACCUUCUGCUGGUCCUACUCCUGAACCAAAUGUUCAGCCUACAACAAAUGCUAUCGUUGUUAUCACUCAAAAUCUUAUAGUUAUUACAAUAACGAGUGUAUCCACUGUUUUUCCUUCAAUCCCAGCUGCCCACAAUCCAAAUCUUCCCUCUGGUUCAAAUAAUGGUUUUAAUGGCAAUUAUUACGAUGACGGAGGAAACUCAUCAGGUCUAGUGAUAGGCGUUUCUGUCAUUGGUAGUAUUUGUCUCAUAGGUGCUCUAACGGCAUUUUGCUAUUGUUACCGAAGGCAUCGUUUAUCAUUACAAUACGAUGAUGAUGGUGGUGAGGUAGUAUUAAGGGUGGAUCGGGAUCCUUUCCAAAGUACAUUGGACCAAUAUCAUAGAAAUCGUUAUUAA